UUACUCAAACAAGAGCCUCAUCUUGGACCGCUGAUGUGCCAUCCUCAGUUAAAGGUCUCCGUGGCUCAUGUGUGGUCAUCCCAUGCUCUUAUGACUACCCAGCUGGAGAACACCAAAAAGUCAAUAUAUUCACAGGGAUUUCGAAGACCACUGAGAGAGACCAAGUCAUCUAUCAUGCAACUGAAUCUAAAAUUCUGGAGCAAUAUGGGAGACGAACAAACCUAGUGGGAAACAUCAGAGAGAAGAACUGUUCUCUGAUGAUUCAAAACCUUCAAGAACCUGAUGGGGGAUCUUUUUAUUUCAGGAUAGAACUUGAAGGAUACGCUAAGUUUUCCUAUUUAACUAAAAAAGUUGUUAUUUCAGUGACUGAUCAACCAAACCCCAUCAGUUUAUCUAUGAAAGAGGAGAUAAAGGAGGGUGAAAAUGUGUCUGCUUCCUGCUCUGUGUCUCACUCCUGCCCCACAUAUCCACCUGAUUUCCACUGGAGUCACUCUGGAGCCCAACAUGAUCAAACACAGAAGCUUCAUAAAGGCCAGUGGAAUUCAACAUCUACUCUGACCUUUCACUCAAACCGCACUGAUCACAACAAACCUUUACAAUGCACCGUUACAUACCAUGGUGGGAAGCAGCAGGAAACAUCGAAGAUCAUUAAAAUAAAAUAUGCUCCAGUCAAUAUGAAGGCUGAGUACCAGUCAGAUGUGAAUCAGGGAGAGACUGUUCACCUGAAGUGCUCCAGUGAUGCUAAUCCUGUCAGCAGCUACAAGUGGAACAAUGGAUCUGGUGCUCUGCUAGAUUUUAGAGAUUAUUUUAAAUCAAACAUAUAUAAUAAAUACAUGGCUAUCUUUAAUAUGGCUGUCCUUCCAGAUGCCCCUGACAUUAAGACUUCUUCUAAGUGCUCCUCAUACGAUGGUAUAGCAACGUGUGAGUGCAUCGUAGAGUCUGAGUCUCCCAGCAUGGCCCUCUUUGUUCUUGGUAACAGAGUGCUGCAAAGCACCAAAGUAGAAAAAAAUGGCUCUGUUACUACUGAGAUUCUGCAGGCAGACUUUGGGUCCUUCAAGUUUGUGCACUGCCUGGCAAACAACAUUCUGGGAAAUGCUAAUCUCAUGCUCUCAUUAUCUGACGACAACAUGCAAAAUAUUCUUAUCGCCUCUGGAGCAGGUGUGAUUUUGCUGAUUAUUUUGAUAGCCACAGGAGUAGGAGUUAAAAAAUGGAACGGGGACUAUGAGAAUGUCCACUGCAAUGACCUUCACAACAGUGAUAGUGUAUAUGGCAACACAGGGGACCCUAACACGCCCCCAACCAGCAUCAGACUCUCCCCACCACCAGAUGAAGAAACCCUCAGCGUGACCGCAGCUGAAGUGAAGAGGACCCUCAAGAGGAUUAAUCCCUGCAAAGCUGCUGGCCCAGAUAACAUCCCCGGGCGGGUUUUAAGGAACUACGCCGAUCAGCUCGGCUAG